GCUGGCUCUCUGCAGGGCGGUCUGUGUGUGUGUUUGUGUGUCGGUCCGUGCCGCCGGGUCGACUCAUUCCUGCGGGUGUUGUUGUGUUCUGUCGCCGUCGAAGGCAGCUCGUCAUGUCGGACACGUGGAGCAACAUCCAGGCGCACAAGAAGCAGCUGGACUCUCUGCGGGAGAGGCUGCAGCGGCGGCGGAAGGACCCAGCGCAACUGUCGGAUGGCGGAGGCAGCACAGAGAGUUCCACAGUCAGGAGCGACAGCCCAGCUCCGUCAACUCCUGUCACCUCUCAGGAGCAGACAGAGAAACCACCAGAUCCUGAACUGGAGAAGAGGCUGCUGGGAUAUCUGUCUGAUCUGAGUCUUUCACACCCUACAGACUCUCUCGCAAUCAUGACGGAACUCAACAGCUCUGAAUCCGCUGUUAGUCACGGGUGCAUCCAGAGUCUGCUGCUCAAAUUCUCAGCUCAGGAGCUCAUCGAGGUCCGUCAGUCCACCUCAGCCUCUUCCUCCUCAGCCUCCUCCUCCACGGUCGUCAUAGCUGUGGACCACACAAAACUAUGGGCUAUGAUAGGCACUGGGGCUGGAGCCCAACGGACUGGCAUCAAGAGAAAAGCAGAGGAUCAAACCCACAACAAAAGAGCUGCAGGCUUCUCGCCCUCGCUACAGAGCUCUGCUUCUCCGCCACACUCAUCUGCCACCUCUAUAACGCCGGCUUCCACCUCACAGCUGGCAGGGCCUUCAGCAUCAGGGAGUGGGGCGGACAAGAAGGGCAGGAGCAGUAAAAGCCAGUCAUCUCAUGUAGACAUGGAGAUCGAGAGCCUCUUGAACCAGCAGUCCACAAAAGAGCAGCAGAGCAAGAAGGUGAGCAGAGAGAUUCUGGAGCUGCUAAAUGCCAGCACAGCCAAGGAGCAGUCCAUCGUGGAGAAGUUUCGGUCUCGCGGCCGAGCUCAGGUCCAAGAGUUCUGCGAUCACGGGACCAAAGAGGAGUGCGUGCGCUCCGGGGACACACCGCAGCCAUGCACCAAGCUACAUUUCCGUCGCAUCAUCAACAAGCACACGGACGAAAGCCUGGGCGAUUGCUCCUUCCUCAACACGUGUUUCCACAUGGACACCUGCAAAUACGUCCACUAUGAGAUCGACAGCCCUCCUGAGGCUGAGGGGAGUCUGCUCGGGCCCCAGGCUGGAACCACGGAGCUCGGCCUCCACGCCGAGGACGCAGACAGCGACGAGGGCAAACUUUUCCCUUCACAGUGGAUCUGCUGUGAUAUCCGUUUCUUAGACGUUUCCAUCCUGGGUAAGUUUGCUGUGGUGAUGGCCGACCCUCCCUGGGAUAUCCACAUGGAGCUGCCCUAUGGAACUCUGACCGACGACGAGAUGAGAAAACUCAACAUCCCCAUCCUGCAGGACGAUGGCUUCCUCUUCCUCUGGGUCACCGGCAGGGCUAUGGAGUUAGGCAGAGAGUGCCUCAGUCUUUGGGGUUAUGAGCGUGUUGAUGAAAUCAUAUGGGUGAAAACCAACCAGCUGCAGAGAAUCAUCCGCACUGGGAGAACGGGCCAUUGGCUGAACCACGGGAAGGAACACUGUCUGGUGGGGGUGAAGGGAAACCCGCAGGGAUUCAAUAGAGGUCUGGACUGUGAUGUCAUUGUGGCCGAGGUUCGCUCCACCAGUCACAAACCAGAUGAAAUCUACGGCAUGAUAGAGAGACUCUCGCCCGGCACCCGGAAGAUUGAGCUGUUCGGUCGACCCCACAACGUCCAGCCCAACUGGGUAACUCUUGGAAACCAGCUUGAUGGAAUUCAUCUUCUGGAUCCUGAGGUCGUGGCUCGGUUCAAGAAGCGUUAUCCAGACGGCGUCAUCUCCAAACCUUAAAACAUGCAGUGAUGAGGUCAUCUGUGGACUUAGGUCUGGAGAAGUUUGUCUAUAGGUUGUUUUUGUUCAAUUUUGUUCAUUUGUUUUUUUUUUUUAUAUCUGGAACUAUUUUUUAAAAUAAAUAUUGUGAACAAGAUGCAUCGUCUGUGUCUUGGUUAAGAAAUUAAACCCCAUUAAGGAUGUGUGUGUGAGAAUGUUUGUGAUUAAAGCAGAAACAACUUUUACCAUCAAUAAAAACACACAAGGCAUUUUGAAUGUACAUUCUUAUUUUGUUAGUCAAGAAUAAAGAUAUUUUCUUUUUACAUUCUGGGGAUUCAAAAAGCCGAUGAUUUGCAUUAAAGGACAAAAAAGCAGGUUUUCGGAGUCAGCGCUGACAUUCACAUCUGUUCAUUUUAGAACUCUGCUUAUCUUCAACAAAGGGUUCGUUGAAAACACAUUUUAAUAUCAAAUGCACCCGGGAGUGUUUUAAUUAUAAAAAUAUAAAGACAGAAUGAGCUGAAGCCAAGUGUAACUUACAAAAUACCAACGAGAAAUGUAAAAGCUGUGCAGCUCAGUUCACAUAAUGUGGAAGAGGAUGUAACUAGAGGCAGCUGUUGAACAUCCUCAAACCUGCAAAUAUAAUACAGCGUGUCAACCUGACCCCGGUACGUUUCUGCUAUAAUUAGGAUUCAUUCCUUUUGAAAAGCAGGGUUUUGUGUCAUAGGGCAGGAUUAGAAAGUUAACUCAAUGCAUAUUAGAAGAAAUGUCAAAAUAUGAUUAAUGCGAGAUUCAAACUGAGAUGUUAAUGUCCAUACUUUGCCUCAUCCUGCUUUAUGAAGAGCCAUGAUGUCAUCUGCAUUUUGAAAAAUAAAAUACUGUGUUUUCCUCACAAAAGUUGACAGAAAAGAAAUUAAAACAGGACAGUAGAAAAACAAAAACUCUUCUCCCACCUCCUCAAAAAAAAGAAAAAGAAUAAUGCACUUGUUGGUGUUGAAUGUUGUAAACAAGUCUCCGUUGUCUCCUCUUUCAUCAGUAUUCUGUCCAUUUGGGCAGUGGAUCCACUCCAUGAAGUACUCUGAAGUCUGAAAGCAAUAAAGCUGGAAACUAA